GUUGGCAUCUGGGUCUUUGAUAUUGCCUUCAGAGAUGAGUCUAUCUGACUCUGCUAUGUCAUCAACAUCUUUCUCCUCAUCCAAAACCAAAGUGUUGCUGUGAAAAUACUCAGUCUCACCCAUACUCUCACCCUCAUCUACACCACCACCCUUCUCUCUCUACUCACCUCCCAGCAACUCACUCUUACUGGAUGUGCAAGAGCAUCAAGGAGCAGCUAUCAAUAAUGGGUUUACUCUUUGGGAACACAGGGGAGCAGCUGGAGGAGCUCACAGAGGUGAGGUUCUUGAUGAUGAGCUGGUGGCUGCUUCAUGUAGGUUGGAAAGUUGUUGGUGAAAGGGUUAGGACAAACAUGGAGGACUUUUUUGAGGGGGUAUCCCUCAAGACACGACUGAUGCUCUGGGACCUUCAUCGACUUGUUCUUGACGUACAGCGGCAGAUUGACCUCAGUGCUGAGUAUGUAUCUGUUUUCUGUCAAUGCUACAGCACCGCCAAGUGGCUCGUGUUAUCGCUGAGGGCAUUUUCAUAAUUCGAAGCAAUUGACUUCUCCAUGACCACAAGUUCUAACUUUUGUUGUUUGUAUUAGCUUCCUAUGUGCUCUUCUUUCAUCUA